AUGGAUACUUUAACAAGCACUCCUCCGCCAAUAUCAUCAACAACCACAAUAGAUGGUGAUAAGCUUUCAGGAAAAUUAAUUAUUAAAGCUCAAUUAGGUAAUGAUAUUCGUAAAAUGAUGAUUCAUAAUGAAGAUUUGACAUUAAAUGAACUGGUACUUAUGAUGGAACGUGUAUUUGCUGGUAAAAUUUCAAAUUCGGAUGAAAUAACUAUAAAAUAUUUAGAUAAUGAUGGUGAUAAAAUAACAUUAUUAAAUGAUAGUGAUUUAACUGUUGCAUUACAUUUUCAUAAACUUCUUCGUUUAUUUGUAUUUAUUAAUGGUGAUGAACAAACAAAUACGAAUUCAACAGAUAAAAUUACUAAAGAAGAUAAUUUAAUUGAUGCUAAAACAUUUCGUAGUGAAUUACAACAAAUUCGUAAUUCAGUACAAACAAUUCUUGAUCGACUUCAAUUAUCAACAAAUGAAGUUGCACCACCACCACCACCAUCAACAACAACAACGACAACAGCUCCUACAUCCACUGUUGUUUCAGGUACAGCACGUGAAUUUGAUCCAUGUAAAAGUUUACAACAACAGCAACAACGUUCAGCUACUCCAGAUAGUACAACAUCAAAUUUAAAUCGUGUAGGUAGUAAUGAACAUCAAACAGCACCAACAGUGGAUACACAACAAGUAGAGUCAACGCAUGUACACCAAAUGCCACCUUCUACAUUUCCACCAAUGCAAAUGUCAACACCUCAUUUUAUGCCAACAGGUUUUAAUAAUGAUCAACAAGCAAAAUCAAAUGUAUUUGGUCCGCCACCAACAACAUUUCCUGGUAUGCCACCUUUACCGAACAAUACUUCUAUGCCAUAUCCUCCUUCUGCAACCUCUAUGAAUAACAAUACACCACCAACAUCAAAUGCUACUUCUACUCCACCACCUUCAUCUGUUGGUCAACCAUCUGGAUUUAUUGGUCAACAAGCACCACCUCUUCCACAACAAGGUGGUUUUUAUGGUCAACAACAAGCUUUAUUUCAACAAAGACCACCAUUAGGAAAUUUCAAUGCUAAUAAUACAUUUGGGCCGCCACAAACAGCACCACCAUCAUCAAAUUCACAACCAGCAACAAUUAAUCCAUCAUUUAUGCAACCACCACCAUCAAAUUCAUCUCCAGCAACAAUCAAUCCAUCAUUUAUGCAACCACUACCACCCAUGGCUUCUCAACAACCUUAUGGAACUUAUCCUCCACAAAAUUCAUAUUAUAAUCCAGUUCAGCAAUAUCCAAAUACAUCUUAA